GAACUCAUACACUCCCUUUUCUCCUUUUCCUGAACUCAGUCUCAUCUGGUCUCCAAGGAAAUACAACACCCAGUCUCGAAUCUCACUGAUCUCUCAUUCCUGUAGGAGCUUAGAAUAUGGAUAAAGCAGGAGAAGCUGAUUUGGAUGAUUUGGAAACGGUGGAAUAUCUGGAGGAUAUGGAGGAUAUGGAGGAUAUAGAGGCUAUGAAAGCAAUGGAAGCUUAUGAAUCUGCUCCACCCUACCCAGGCCCUCCAGCAGAUUACAUAGGGAAAGACAACCCAGGAUACAAUUCACCUCCAUAUCCAAAUAUUAAUAUGGCAUACACCUCAUACCCAGAGCCGGAAGUUAAUCCAUACUUUCAUGGAGCUCCAAAUCAAGGGAUAUAUCCUCAAAUUAACAGUCCAAACCCUGGGAUGUAUCCUCAAGUUAACACUGUAACAACCACAGUGAUGCUUCCCAGUCUGCGUGAUUUACCCGCUCAAACCAUGUGCCCUCACUGUAAGCACCAGGUGAUCACUAUAACAGAUCACUACUCCGGACUCAUGGCCUGGAUGGCCUGUGGCUGUCUUGCCCUCAUCGGGUGCUGGCCGUGCUGUCUAGCACCUUUCUGGAUGGAUUCAUGUAAAGAUGUUGAGCACCGCUGCCCAAACUGCAACAAGAUCUUGUCUUUCUACAAGCGCCUGUGAUCUGGAUUCAAACAUGUCCCUCUUGAUCUUUAAUUUGAAUGGGAUCUAAUGGGUAUAAGACAAAGGAAAGUGUCUAUGCGACAUUAAAUUCCAACACAGGUGAUUUCAAAUAAUUUCACACAAAUAAUUAUCACUUAACCAAAUGCAACUAUUACGACACGUGUAGUAAGACUAUAUGGUAAGUGUUUACAUAAUGUGUAAUAUUUAUUAAAAUAUGUAUGGAUAUAAAUAUUGUAUGAAAUAGAAUAUUUAAUAACUGUUUUACAUUCAAUUUCUUUCAGAACUCUGCCUGUAAAUGUAGAUCACAGUUAUGUCUCAGAUAUAUAUUGUCUUAACAUUUUAAUGUAUGAACUUUUAAAGCAAACUAAAGUUAACUAACAUGAUGUCAGUUUGAUGUUAAGGUUAAUAAAUGUUAAAUUUGUAACAUUUACAAGCUCAUAAUGUAACUGUAAUGUAACUGUAUUGCUAUGGCACCCAGUUGUCUUCACCUCUUAGCUUCAACAUUUCAUUAUUAGCCUCUCUUAAAUGAAGGGUUUCAGGGUUAACAACUGUUAUUAUCAUUACAUGAUGCUUGUUAGAUGGUUCAAAGAAAUUAAACUAAAUAUAGUGAAGUAAACUGUUCCUAGAAUGAAUUAGUGAACCUUAUUGAAGUUAACAGCCCAACAGUCAUUUUGAUUCUGACUAAUUAUCUGUUGUUCAGUUUCCUGUAAUUUAGACUCUUUUCCCCGGAGAGAAUUACAGGGCAGCCUUAAUGAAUAAUUUGAUCACAUUCACAUUAUAAAUUCUUAAUUUACAUUCACAGAGAAAUUAAUGAAUGUUUCUUGAUUUCAAGGGACAAAAGAGGCUGAAAUGCUUUUUUAUUAUUAUUAUUAUUAUUAUCAUCAUCAUUUUUUGUGAAUUUGUGGAACAACUGUUAACUUGAAUCAAAUUUUUACAUUUUAUUCUGUUAAUCAGUGAGAAUUAUUUGU